UAUUAAUUUCUCUGUGGGGCUGCAGCUGGAGACCGCGGAGCGUUGGAAAUGACGCUCGGAGCUUUAAUUACCGCAGCCGCCGGACAUGUGUGAGGAAAGCUGACUGGAAAAAAAAAAAAAAGGACGGGAUUGGGAGAGAAGCAAGGACCUUCCUCCCCCCACUCCCUUCCCCUGCUCAAUUUGGACUGGAGGUGCAAGGGAACUGAAAAGGGGAGCCGAACAUAGCCUGGCUGAGAGGAGCGGCCGGAAACCUACCGCCUCUUUGCAAUCAACUUUUUUUGGAAACCUUUUUUCCCCCCUUCCUUUUUAUUGUUGACCAACCAGGGAGAGAGAAAAGUGAGGAGGGAGCAAGCCAGCCAGCAAAGGCUCACACGGGGAAAUAGCUGCACAGUUCGGCCCGGAGCGCGGGCGCACAGACUCGCGCACACUUGCCCAGGCGCGCGCCCCCUGCUCGGCUGCGGGCCGUGGACCCGCGGGUGCGCUCUGGAGAGGGUGCCCCGCGCGCCGCGCAAGCCGCCCUCGCGCCCCCACGCGCGCCUGGCUGAGGGCGCUCCUCCGCGCGCCCGAAAGGGGCUAUGCCAUUUGGACAUGUAAUUGGCAGCACGGGAUCUGCGACUUCCAAAAAAUGAAGCUGGCGACAGGACUGUGGAUCUGGGGGAGCCUUCUCGUGGCGGCGGGGACCUUCCAGCCCGGCGUUUCUCAAUCAGUGUGCGCAGGAACAGAGAACAAGCUGAGUUCUCUCUCAGACCUGGAACAACAGUAUCGAGCCUUGCGCAAAUACUAUGAAAACUGUGAGGUAGUCAUGGGCAACUUGGAGAUAACCAGCAUUGAGCACAACCGGGAUCUCUCUUUUCUGAGGUCCAUUCGAGAAGUCACAGGCUACGUGUUAGUGGCUCUUAAUCAAUUUCGUUACCUGCCUUUGGAGAAUUUGCGCAUUAUACGUGGGACAAAGCUUUAUGAGGAUCGAUAUGCCUUGGCAAUCUUCUUAAACUACAGAAAAGAUGGACAUUUCGGACUUCAAGAACUGGGACUGAAGAACUUGACUGAAAUCCUAAAUGGCGGGGUCUAUGUGGACCAGAACAAAUUCCUUUGUUACACAGAUACAAUUCACUGGCAAGAUAUUGUUCGGAAUCCAUGGCCUUCCAACUUGACUCUGGUGUCAACAAAUGGUAGCUCUGGAUGUGGUCGUUGCCAUAAGUCUUGUACUGGCCGUUGCUGGGGACCCACAGAAAAUCAUUGCCAGACUUUGACAAGGACGGUGUGUGCAGAGCAAUGUGAUGGCAGGUGUUAUGGACCCUACGUCAGUGACUGCUGCCAUCGAGAAUGUGCCGGAGGCUGCUCAGGACCUAAGGAUACCGACUGCUUUGCCUGCAUGAACUUCAAUGACAGUGGAGCAUGUGUCACUCAGUGUCCUCAAACUUUUGUCUACAAUCCAACCACCUUUCAAUUAGAACAUAAUUUCAAUGCAAAGUACACAUACGGAGCAUUUUGUGUCAAGAAAUGCCCACAUAACUUUGUAGUUGACUCCAGUUCUUGUGUACGUGCUUGCCCUAGUUCCAAGAUGGAAGUAGAGGAAAAUGGAAUUAAAAUGUGUAAGCCUUGCACUGACAUUUGCCCAAAAGCUUGUGAUGGCAUUGGUACAGGGUCAUUGAUGGCAGCUCAGACUGUGGACUCCAGUAACAUUGACAAGUUCAUAAACUGCACCAAAAUCAAUGGGAAUUUGAUCUUUCUUGUCACUGGUAUUCAUGGAGAUCCUUACAAUGCAAUUGAAGCCAUAGACCCUGAGAAACUGAAUGUUUUUCGAACAGUUCGAGAGAUAACAGGUUUCUUGAACAUACAAUCAUGGCCCCCAAACAUGACUGACUUCAGUGUUUUUUCAAACCUGGUGACCAUUGGUGGAAGAGUACUUUAUAGUGGUCUGUCCCUGCUUAUCCUGAAGCAACAGGGCAUUACUUCACUACAAUUUCAGUCCUUGAAGGAAAUCAGUGCAGGAAAUAUCUACAUCACUGACAACAGCAACCUGUGUUAUUAUCAUACCAUUAACUGGACAACCCUCUUCAGCACUAUCAACCAAAGAAUAGUAAUCCGAGACAAUAGGAAAGCUGAAAACUGUACUGCUGAAGGAAUGGUGUGCAACCGUCUGUGUUCAAGAGAUGGUUGUUGGGGACCUGGGCCUGAUCAGUGCCUGUCUUGUCGUCUCUUCAGCAGAGGAAGAACCUGUAUAGAGUCUUGUAACCUCUAUGAUGGUGAAUUUCGGGAGUUUGAGAAUGGCUCCAUCUGUGUGGAGUGUGACCCCCAGUGUGAGAAGAUGGAAGAUGGCCUCCUCACAUGCCAUGGACCGGGACCUGACAACUGUACAAAGUGCUCCCAUUUUAAGGAUGGUCCAAAUUGUGUGGAAAAAUGUCCAGAUGGCUUACAGGGUGCAAACAGUUUCAUUUUCAAGUAUGCUGAUCAGGAUAGGGAAUGCCACCCAUGCCAUCCAAAUUGCACCCAAGGGUGUAGCGGCCCCACUAGUCAUGACUGCAUUUACUACCCUUGGACGGGCCAUUCCACUUUACCACAACAUGCUAGAACUCCUCUAAUAGCAGCUGGAGUCAUAGGUGGACUCUUCAUCCUGGUCAUCAUGGGGCUAACAUUUGCAGUUUAUGUUAGAAGGAAAAGCAUCAAGAAGAAAAGAGCUUUGAGAAGGUUCCUGGAAACUGAGUUGGUAGAACCUUUAACUCCAAGUGGCACAGCACCAAAUCAGGCUCAACUUCGGAUUUUGAAAGAAACUGAACUCAAAAGAGUAAAAGUACUUGGCUCAGGUGCUUUUGGAACCGUUUAUAAAGGUAUCUGGGUACCCGAAGGGGAAACGGUGAAGAUUCCUGUAGCUAUUAAGAUUCUUAAUGAAACAACUGGCCCCAAAGCCAAUGUGGAAUUCAUGGAUGAAGCUCUGAUCAUGGCAAGUAUGGACCAUCCACACUUAGUCAGGUUGCUGGGAGUGUGUCUGAGCCCAACAAUCCAACUUGUUACACAACUUAUGCCCCAUGGUUGCCUAUUGGAUUACGUCCAUGAACACAAGGAUAACAUUGGGUCACAGCUGCUGCUAAAUUGGUGUGUCCAGAUAGCUAAGGGAAUGAUGUACCUGGAAGAAAGACGACUUGUUCAUCGAGAUUUGGCAGCCCGUAAUGUUUUAGUGAAAUCUCCAAACCAUGUGAAAAUCACAGAUUUUGGGCUAGCCAGGCUUUUAGAAGGAGAUGAAAAAGAGUAUAAUGCUGAUGGAGGGAAGAUGCCAAUUAAAUGGAUGGCUCUGGAAUGUAUACAUUAUAGGAAAUUUACCCAUCAGAGUGAUGUUUGGAGCUAUGGAGUCACUAUUUGGGAAUUGAUGACCUUUGGAGGAAAACCCUACGAUGGAAUUCCAACUCGAGAAAUCCCUGACUUGUUAGAGAAAGGAGAACGCUUGCCUCAGCCUCCAAUUUGCACUAUUGAUGUUUACAUGGUCAUGGUCAAAUGUUGGAUGAUUGAUGCUGACAGUAGACCUAAAUUCAAGGAACUGGCUGCUGAAUUUUCAAGGAUGGCUCGAGACCCUCAACGAUAUCUUGUCAUUCAGGGUGAUGACCGUAUGAAACUGCCUAGUCCAAACGACAGCAAGUUCUUUCAGAAUCUUUUGGAUGAAGAGGAUUUGGAAGAUAUGAUGGAUGCAGAGGAAUACCUAGUCCCCCAGGCUUUCAACAUCCCACCUCCUAUCUACACUUCAAGAGCAAGAAUUGACUCAAAUAGGAGUGAAAUUGGACACAGCCCUCCUCCUGCCUACACUCCCAUGUCAGGAAACCAGUUCGUGUACCGAGAUGGAGGAUUUGCUGCAGAGCAAGGGGUGCCUGCGCCCUAUCGAGCCACAACCAGCACAAUUCCAGAAGCCCCAGUUGCGCAAGGGGCAACAGCUGAGAUUUUUGAUGACUCCUGCUGUAAUGGCACCCUGCGCAAGUCAGUGACACCCCAUGUCCAAGAAGACAGCAGCACUCAGAGGUACAGUGCUGACCCCACAGUGUUUGCCCAGGAACGGAGUCCAAGAGGAGAGCUGGAUGAAGAAGGUUAUAUGACUCCUAUGCGUGACAAACCCAAACAAGAAUACCUGAACCCUGUGGAAGAGAAUCCUUUUGUUUCUCGGAGAAAAAAUGGAGAUCUUCAAGGUUUGGAUAAUCCUGAAUAUCACAAUGCUUCCAGUGGUCCCCCCAAGGCAGAGGAUGAGUAUGUGAAUGAGCCACUGUACCUCAACACCUUUGCCAAUGCCUUGGGGGGUGCCGAGUAUCUGAAGAACAACAUACUAUGUGUGCCAGAGAAGGCCAAGAAAGCAUUCGACAACCCUGACUACUGGAACCACAGCCUGCCCCCUCGGAGUACCCUUCAGCACCCAGACUACCUGCAGGAGUACAGCACAAAAUAUUUUUAUAAACAAAAUGGACGCAUCCGGCCUAUUGUGGCAGAGAAUCCUGAAUACCUCUCUGAGUUCUCCCUCAAGCCAGGCACUGUGCUGCCUCCUCCACCCUACAGACACCGAAAUACUGUGGUGUAAACCUCCUUGUUUAAAGGUGGAGAGACAGGCCCAUUCCAAUUUCUCUACUGCCUCUCUUUCUCUUGUGGUCUUCCUUCUAUUACCAAGGCCAGUAGUUCUGACACUUCCCAGUGGAAGAAAUAGAGAUUUAAUGCUAGUUAUGUGAGUAUUUAACUUGAACAGUAGAAGCAAGAACUUGAAGAGAAAGACAGGAAGAACCACACUGUUUCUUCAUUUCUCUGCAUGGGUUGGUCAAGAAACUGAAACAGCUAAACAGCUAGAGAGAAAGACCAGCAAAUAUCAGGCAAAACUGCCUGCUGUCAAAUUAAUUCUCAACUUUUUUUCCUCGCAAUUUUUUUUGUUUAUUGUAGCUGCUUGAAAGACAUGUUCUGUUUCUACAUACAGGAGCUGGUUUAUUUUAAGCAUCCUGAAAUUCCUUAUAAAUUUGCAGUGGAACAAAACCUUUAAUAUUUUUUUUAGUAAUAAGUGAUAAUAGCUGAGUUUGAGAACCCAGUCUUUCUUUUUCUUCUUCAGUGGUUUUUAUCCUUAAAAAACAAAAGUGGCCAACUCAGCUUUCAUAAAUUUUUGACUCACCGCCAGUGUUACCCAUAGCCAUUAUAUUUAGAAGGCUUUUUUGCUAUUGCUUUUUUUUUCUUUUGUUUUGCUAUGUGCUUUCAUCUUACGUCUUAUUAUAUUUUAACUUUAACUUCAAUUUCAAGUUGUCACAUCAGAGCUUCUUAUGUGUUUCUCUAAGUUGACAGAGUUAAAGUAUUUUAGAAUGGUGAAAUAAUCACUGUUUCCAGUUUUUAAACUAGAUGUGGGAUGGUCAAGCUAUUAGCCAUGUUAAAUCUAAUCUUCAUGGUUUGCAUUAUUGAAUACAUACUCCCCCCAAUUCCUUUACAUUCUUCAACAUGUUCUUCUCUUUAAAGGACAGUACUUGAUAAGCAGUUGACAAUGUUAAGAGUUGAAGGGAAACUAAGAGACAGUUUUGUGUGGUUCAUGUAAACUACUGAUAUUGCCAGGGCUGGUUCAAUAGCAAAUCCAUUGAACUAGAAGUAACACACUGGAUUGGGGAUGUCUACUUGGAAAAUGCUCAGAAGUGUAGUUUGCACAUCAUCUGUAAUUUUACCUAUUCUCUUUAUGGACUCCAUUUUGGAUAUUGAAUGAAGCAAUAUGAAAGUAACCAGCAAAAUAAUUAAUUUGAUUACAUUUUUUUUAAUCAGCUAAGCUAUAAAGAAAGACUGGAAAUACCAAACUGAGAAACUUAGGACUUUAGAACAGUAUCCAGGGAUUAUAUUGAGAAGGCCAGCUCAUUAUCUACAUGUGAUAAUCUACCACUUUUGCUACACAAGAAAGUUACCCAGUUCAUAUAUUCCAUAUAAAGAAACACAAGUAAAAGCUGACUUAGAUAAAUGGAGUUUCUAGUAUUAGACUCUAUUAAGUAGAAGGUUAUUCUUUGUACAUGAAUUGGUAUAGUAAAACAAUACACAGCAUCCAUAGUUUAUAGAUUAGCUACUGGGUAAAAAAAAAAAGUCUGUAAAUAAACAUGAAAAAUCAUCCUGUGUAAUUUGAAUAUCCAACAUACUAAUUUUUGAUACAUUAUAUAGUGUUUUUUCAAACAUGACAUUAUUGUCCUAGAACCAUAUUUAUUGUAUAUCAUUAUAAAAUAACAUCUAUGUAGUCAUCAAAAGUAAUGGGAACAAAUGACAGAAUGAAUCUCUAGGAAGAAGGGACCUCACUCAGGUCAGUAACUAGAAAAAAAAAUACAUAUAAGUAUCUUUUUUCUAAGAAAUUCUGCAUUUGGAUUAAAAAAAAACUUCUAAUGUAUUGUGUCAAAUUUUAGUCUUAAAAUAGAAAUCUUACACUAAAAAUCUCCAUUAGUAAAGUCUACUAGAAGCAAUGUCAAUAUGUCAGUAAGGAACAUGUAGAUAAAUGCAGUCACAUACCUUACGUUAAAACUACACAGUCUAGAUUUAUUUGGAGUGACAUUUUAAUUUCUCCGUAAGUUCAUGGGAAAAGACUGCAUAGACAGUUUUGUGAGCAGUCGUUCACAAAAUCAGCUGCUUAUUAAAAGAUCUCCUGUGAUGUCAUCUAGGGCAUUAAUGAUAAAUUAUUCGGGUGACUGAACUGUUCUUCAUGUAUACAGAUUGGUCUAGAAAUACAUUGCAUCACUACCUAAUUGUCCUAUUUGGUUUCUAACAAGAUCAUUAAAUCAAAAGCAAAUGUCAGUCUUUGACCAAGAAACUUGGAAGCAUUAGGUUUGGUUUCUUCCUAAAUUUCAAAGUCAGGUAAGCUAAAAGAGAGAGAGAG